AUGACUCCGCCGAGCAGACAAAGAAACCCAGCUCUGGCUGGUAGGCCUGGUCGCUUGAAACUCAGCGUGGAAGAAACCAUCAGACAAGCUUCCCCUCGCUCGCGGUCGCCCUCUACACUCAGUCCAAUCUCCAAGGAUCGAUCGAGGCGUCGAAGCAGUUCGUCGAAUACUUCCCGCACUGUUGAGUCAUUCCGACGGUGGACCAGAAGUGACAGGUACUUUGAUCCUCUGGGCUUUCAAACCCAGACAAAUCAACCCGACACUUGCAUAACAUUUCCACCUGUCGGCUCCCAUGACUCUUCGCCAUUCCCGCGAUUAUCCGUGGACGAGUCCGCCGUUUCCACAGACGAUGAGCUUCCAAGCCAAGGCCAGUCUCCUAUUUCUCCGCUAUCGGGGCCCAACUGGCAGACGCCAGCACAGCCCCUAAGCGCCCUAAGAACUCAGUCAGCACGAGUCAAACAUGAACAGAUGAUCCGAGUUACUCUCAGAACUCAGACCACAGAAGUGCCGUGUAUUGCCAAGUGCUAUCUCACUCGGGAUUCGAGUGUCAUCGAUAAUGACUUUGCUCGCAACUGGGGCGUCAAGAUACAUCCAGUGCCCAAGCCUCGCUGGAAAGACGCCCGACACUGGUGCGAACUGGAUGUAAUUGACGUGGAAACAAUUGGCAGCGUUCAAAAGCAACUGUCAAUUCGACUUGGCAAGCUUCCAGACCAACGGGUCAGUGUUGAGCUUGGGAUUGAUGCACUCAAAGCUCUGCAUCUAGUGGAUGAGACUGUACAGUUGUCUCGAUCUGCACCUGCUAGCCAAUAUUUACCAUGGACUGGCAACAGCUCUCCUUAUAUGCAGCAACCUCAAGAUAUCCUCGGACAGUAUGUGCUUACACCUCCUGCGCCACAACAGUAUACCACUGGCCGCAAUCGGGCCCUUACGGUACCGUCGAUACCAUCUAUCAGGAUAGAUACGUCGUUCGACACUUCACUUUCGGUACCAAAAUCUGUGGGCGACUCAGGUUCCGGUGAAGACUCAAGUUCACCUUGGGAUUGGGAUGCUCUGUCGAUAGCAUCUCAAUCAUAUCAAGAAGAGGACCCUAGCACCGCCUGGAGUCCGGCCGUUUCGGACUGCGGUGGCCUUUCCUCUUCUUUUGACACUUGUAUGAAAUAG